AUGAUACGAGCUCCCAUCAUCAACACGGCGCUGAAUGCUGCCAGCACAUUGCGACAAGCCUUGUCGGGCAAGAACGCUUUUGAGGAGGUGAUUUCAGCCAGAGGGGCGCAAGAACUUUGCCUUCGCGAUGUUUCAUCUGCGCCACUUUGGCUGCUUGCAUGUAGACGAGCACGAAGUCACGCCGAGAAGGCUUUUGCCACAGGCUGCCCGACCGAAGUGGCAACCAGCCUUGCACACUGGUCCGAGCUGAACCGCUUCGGACAGGUGUUGCAACACGUGGGUGCACUCAGACCUGCACUGGUACAAAGACAUCUGACCAAGCUUGCCGACAGCUGGUAUGAAACGGCAGUGACUAGAGGAGUCCAGUCGGGGCUCCUCAAUCCUGCAGAGGUGCGGGGCAUCCCCGCUGCUGCUCUGUUACGUGCCUCUGUCGAGGACUCGACGUCCGAGCUCGUUACGCUGGCAGAGAAGCAGCAGCAGAAUCUGCACGACUGCCUGCAGCAAGGCUUGGCUGGACAAAAACAAGGGUUCUUGCAUAUGAACGAUGAGGACCUUCGUGGCCUGGCGGACAUGAUGAAGUCUGUAUAUGCUAGUGAUCUUGGCUCUGCUGCAGUUUGGCGCCGAGCCAAAUACAAAGUUCCUGUUAGCUGGCCGGACAUGCACAAGAUUUCGGAUUAUUGCCAAAACGCCUCGACGCGUCAACGCAUGUUCGAGGCGUACUAUGGGGGUUUCGACACCUCCGUGGACGAGGCGGCCCUUGAGCUUCUGAGAACACGCCGGCAGAUUGCUCAGAAGCUCGGCUUCAGGAGUUGGGCUGACCUGGAGAUGGCACCUCUGGCUCUGGGCGAUGAGGCAGGAGCGCGUCGUUUCCUGGACCUCUGCUGGAAGGAUGCUCAGGCGUCUCUUGCUCCCGUGCACAAGCGAAUAGAAGAGUGGAGCUCAAGAGACGCAUCAGGUUCCGCCCAACGAGGCCGCAAAGUCAGCCAGGUUGAUGAGGCCUUUUGGCAUGCACACCUGUCACGACAAUCUGAUAUCUGGAAGUUUGCGGAGUACCUAUCGCUGGAGAAAAGCCUGCCUGGCCUUCUCGACGUCGUUGGCAAAGUCUAUGGUGUCACUUUCCGGGAGGCCACUGCUUCUGGGUUCUUCUCAAGACUUCCCGGUGGCUGGCACACCUCGGUGAAGAUUUUUGAGGUCGUCGAUGGGGCACCGCGUCCUGCUGGAGUUAAACGUGAUCCCGGCAAGGGGAUGCUGGGCUAUGUGUACAUGGACCUCUAUUCAAGGUCCAUGCUGGGCCGAGAAGCUGUGGAGCUGGCUGGGGCGAUAAGCCUUUGUCCUGGUCACGCAUACGUGAGCUUCAAACUGUCCAGGCCGCCUUUGGGCCGGAGCAAGCUGAUGAACGUGGAGGAAGCUGUCAUGGUUGCCCACGAACUCGGUCAUGCAAUACAUAUGCUCUGCCACGCGGGAUCUCCGUGUGAUUUUCAGGACAUGCCUCUGGACUUGGUGGAACUGCCCUCCACGCUGGUGGAAACCAUCGUUCUCCAGCCGAAGAGCUUGGCAAAGUACGCAUGUCACUACAACUCCAAUCGCCCUCCGCCUGAAUCCUUGAUCCGUUCGUGCCAGCGUAACCAGCGCUUCUUCAUCAACGCUUUGCAGAAUGCAAGUGUUUCGCUGGGACUGCAUGCCGAGGCAUUCGAUCCCUUCAAGGCGACGCCGGCUGAUCUUCGAGCUGAGGCAGUGUCUUUGUGGCAGCGCUAUUCCCUGGUGCCCGCAGAUCCUGCCUUCCAUCCAUUCGGCACCGAUGCUGGCGUACACGUAGCAAACGGCGGAAAUCAGGUAGCAUACCUUGUUUGCUAUUUGCGUGUUGCGGGCAUUCUGCAAGCAAAAAAUGGAAGGAAAGACGGAGAUGCUGUUUGGCUGCAGCCAGACUUUCCCAAGCGCAUUCGUGGGCAGCUGUUGGACCAGAACUUCGCUACGAAGGGAUGGGCCUCCCGGUUUCCAGCGAAAGCUCAAAGUGUGACCCACAGAGCUCAUACUGCCGUUUCUUCUGACGGGUGA